ACCCAAAAGAGUAAGAAACUGAACAAGGAGGUCCAUUUAGAGCCCAGCCCAUUGUUAUUAAGCAGAGACGGAAACUUCGAAUCGAGAAUAAACAGAAAUAUCAAAUCUGCCAAGAAACCCCAAAAUUCGACGAUUGUUAGGGUUUUUGCCACAAGAUGUCGACGGGCAGGCCAAAGGAUGGCGACUCUAAAUUUGCGCUAGCGGAGCAAAGACCAGGACUUCCGCCACGGCCUCCAUCGACGGCGAUUGUAGAGUACGAGAAGCCGGCAUUCAAGGAUGAGGAAGAGGACCUAGAGGUGAAGCUCCGCCGCAUUAUAGAGAAUGUCCCCGUCCGCGUUAGCAAUACCUCCGGAAGUUCUGCUGGUUCUGGGUCCGGUGAUUUCCACCAGUAUCGGCAGAUGAGACGGAAAGAGCAAGACAGGCUUGCGAGAAUGGAUGCUGACUACCAGAAAAGGAAGGAAAUAGCUGAGUUUAACUUGAGGAGGGAAGAAAGAUUGAAAGCUGCUGAGGAACGAACAGCAAAGAAGCGCUUGAAACGCCAAAAGAAAAAGCUAAGGAAAAAGGAGAAGAAGAUGAAAUCAAGUGCUGAGGGAGAAGAGAACAAGAAGGAAGAGUCUUCAGAUGAUGAAGGGGAUUCUGAAAAUGAUGAAGAAGCAUCACAAUGAACAAAUUUUCACUUGAUAUUUAUG